GAUCGCGUCGGGCAGCAGCUGCGAGCGGAGCGGAGCCCAAACCCAGCGGCACAGCCCCCGCCAGCCCCGCAGAGAUCUACACCGCAGUGCUCACCGCACCUCCCCGGCCCCGCAGCAGCCACCAGCGUAGAGCUGAGAUCUUCCACAUCUGCUGCAAAAGAGAUGGAAACCGUGCACGAGCUGAUCCCCUUUGCCAAAGAAAUGCUCAGCCAGAAGCCCAACAGGAAAAUGGUCAAGCUGUACAUGCUGGGCAGCGUGCUGGCUUUCUUCGGGGUGGUUAUUGGCCUGGUGGAGACAGUGUGCAGUCCUUUCACCUCCCAAGGGGUGCUAGAGGAGGAGGAGAACAAACCUUCCUCUACAGGAGGGCAAAGGCUUCCCCAGACACAGGAGGAUUUGAUCUUGGAUAAGAGCAAGCAGCCAGCAGCGGUGCAGAGGGCCCUGGUGAGCAGGCAGUACGGGUGCUGAGAGCUCCGAGGCUGCAGAGGCUCCUGCUGAGCACCAGAGACUCUGCCCUGUCCUACCCCGUGGUGGUUCCAGCACGAAGAGUUGGGGUUGGCUGAAGGAGGAGGCCGCAAGCACAAGACUUGAAAGAAGUGGAGGGUUUUAUUUGCUGCUGUGCAGCAGUGGGGGAAAAAAUACCUUUUGUUGGUAUAAAACUGUGCACGACGCACAGCAUGGUUUCUUAUUUUUAUUACAGACGCAUUUUACAACAUCAAUAAAUAUUUUAUACGGUA